AAUCUGCUGGGCUUGUUGCUUCCUGUAUUGCAUUGUUAUGGUUGCAGCUAAAAUAUGAGUAACUUAGCAACGAUUGAGAUACUUUAUCGUUUCUCUUUUCCCUUUCUCGUUGUAAAUACGACAAGAAAUCGCUUUAAAUAGUCGAAUUUACAUCAACUACUGUUAGUUCAAUGGGUCUAAAGUUUGCUAAGACUCCGUUAGCUAGCGGACUAGCACGCUAUGCUAGCUGACCACCAAAUAUCUUUACACGAUGUAAACAUACAAAAAAACGGACAGCAUUUUUUAUUUUAUUUUAUUUCUUUUGGGGAAUCAAUCUGUUAAACUCCACACGAGAAACGACUCUGGAGAGCAGAAAUCUUUUCAGCCUCCUUCAAGAUAUUUUUAGGAAUAUGCCGUGAAAUGUCAGCCAGCCUGUGAGCGUGAUCAGGAUCCUGAAGGUAUCGUAUCGAGAAGGACAUGGACAGCUCUGUGACACUCUGGCAGUUCCUGCUGCAGCUCCUGCUGGACCCAGGGAAUGAGCAGCUCAUCUGCUGGACCAAUGAGGAUGGAGAGUUCAAGCUGCUGCAGGCGGAAGAAGUGGCCAGAUUAUGGGGAGCCCGCAAGAACAAACCCAGCAUGAACUACGACAAGCUCAGCCGGGCCCUGCGCUACUACUAUGACAAGAACAUCAUCAAAAAAGUCAACGGCCAGAAGUUUGUCUAUCGUUUCGUGUCGUACCCUGACAUCCUAAAAGGAGACGUCAUGGCCAGGGCCGAGGGUGCAGACGGAGGCUCGAACGGCCCUCUGCCUCUCUCGGACCAACCAACAAACAUCUCCAGAGAUAAAGACAACAAAUCCAUCAUAGAGCGGGGAGCCGGAACACUGGCUCAGUCUAAAUCAUCCAGCCGGAAUGAAUACAUCCACUCUGGCCUUUAUACAUCCUUCACUUUGACCUCUUUGCAAUCGGGAACGCAACUUUUUAAAGCCACCAAGAAUGAAAACCCAGGAGAAAAGCUAAUGGAGAAAAAAAGCACCCAGGAUUCACCCCAGCCGUUAUCCACAGUUAUCAAAUUUGGGACCAUGCCACAAAAAAGCACCACUGCGUCUGCUAUAGGAAGACCUGAACUUCCAGAACAGUCCGCUCAAUCACCUCUGGCUGAUCCCGAAUCCAAACAGACCUCCAUCUCCAAUACUGUGUGUGCGUUUGUGGAGAAAACGUCUUCAGAGAACGCCAUGACAGGCUUCCCUGUGUCCAGCAUCUCUCCAUCAGUGCUCCAUCAUUCCUCCCAGUCUCCCUCUUCUUCUCCCAUGACAGAUUCACAGCAGCUGGUGAUUGACAGUGAGAUUGAGUCUCUUUCCUCACAGCCUUCAGAGUUACAGCUGCAGGUUCAGCCGUUCUCUGUUUCUAAGGCCACGGUAUCAUCUUGUGUCCUGCCCGAAUCUCCACCCCGCAAUAUCAGCUCCAAAUCGAAGAAACCCAAAGGCCUUGAGUUAAUGCCCACGCUGGUGGUUACCAGCUCUGACCUGAGCCCUCUCAAUCUGUCCAGCCCGUCCCUCCCGACGGCGUCUCUCACCCCAGCCUUCCUGCAGACGCCGCUGCUGCUCACGCCCAGUCCACUUCUGUCGAACAUUCAUUUCUGGAGCACGCUGAGUCCUGUGGCGCCGCUCAGUCCCGCAAGGAGACAGGGAGCACACAACCUCUUCCAGUUUCCUUCUGUCCUGAGCUCCACACAGUUCACUGUUCCCAUCUAUAAUUUAGACGGCACCAACACACCAGGCCCUCUCUCCCCCGACCCACAGAAGACAUAAGAGGAGCACCGAGGCCUUCACACUUCAUCUCUGCCUCAUGUUCUUGAUUGAUAAACGCAGAUUAACCUCAUUCUGUUCACCUGAUCCGGCCCUCUUCAGGUAACCAAGAUUUAUGACCAUCGUUUAAGCAUCAAGAGCAUCCGCUUGACUCUUGAACUUUGCGAUGCCACAUACACUUUAACUUCGGAUGUAUAUCAAGCCAUCAGAAUGUGUCUGCGGGACACUUUAAAACUGUCCUUUUUUGAUUUUCUCCACUGCGACUGAAGCAGAUGGAUAUUCAGCUCCAUCUCUUGCCAAAACGGGCAUCUU